AUGACAUCAUACACAGAAAAAGGACGGAAACCUGAAGAUGGGCGGUUUCUGGCAUUCGAUCAUUUAACAUUUUGGGUUUCAAAUGCGAAACAGGCAGCAAGUUAUUACAUAACAAGAUUCGGUUUCCAGCCGCUGGCGUAUAAAGGUUUGGAAACUGGUUCUAGAAAAAUAGCUUCUCAUGCCGUUAGAUUAAACAAGAUAAUCUUCGUAUUUCAAGCCCAAUAUGAUCCAGAAGAGACUGAUUUUGUCAACGAAGUUGCUUAUCAUGGCGAUUUUGUGAAGGACGUAGCUUUUCAAGUGGAGAAUCUAAACUAUAUUGUGGACUAUGCAAAGAAACAAGGAGCAGUCGUAGUUAAAGAUAUAUGGGAGGAGAAAGAUUCCAAUGGCGUUGUUAGAAUGGCAGUAUUGAAAACUUAUGGCGAUAACACCCACACAUUAAUAGACAGGUCAAAUUACAGUGGACCGUUCCUGCCUGGCUAUGAACUUUUACCCCAGGACCCUAUACAGAAAUACUUGCCAAAAAUAGAAAUCAACUUCAUAGACCACGUGGUGGGAAACCAACCGGACAACGGUAUGGAGGUAGCGGCAUCUUGGUACGAGCGUUGUUUACAGUUUCACAGAUUCUGGUCGGUCGACGACACGCAAGUAUGCACAGAAUAUUCUGCACUUCGAUCAAUAGUGAUGGCGAAUUGGGAAGAAACAGUGAAAGUGCCUAUCAACGAGCCGGCUGUGGGCAAACGAAAGAGUCAGAUUCAGGAAUACGUAGAGUACCAUGGCGGCGCCGGUGUACAGCAUAUAGCUUUGAACACUGAAGAUAUAAUUACAGCGAUUGAAAAUCUCCGUGCACGGGGUGUCGAAUUUCUCACAAUAUCACCGAAAUAUUAUAAGCUAAUACGUGAACGGUUACAACACAGUAAAGUGCGAGUCGCCGAAAGCAUAGACACGCUGGAACGCUUGAAUAUUCUCAUAGACUACGACGAUGAUGGCUACCUUUUGCAAAUAUUUACUAAGAACACGCAAGAUAGACCUACUUUGUUCUUAGAAGUGAUACAGAGAAGAAACCAUAAUGGAUUUGGGGCUGGCAACUUCAAAACACUUUUCGAAUCCAUUGAAAUAGAACAAGAUAAACGUGGCAACCUG